UCAAAAAAAUCGCACAGGAAACAAAUUGAUAUCAUUUCUAUUUAUUCCCUAAGAUUAGCAAAACUCAACUACUUACCAAUAAAAUAUAAAGAUCCGAAAUUUAUUAUUUGCAAUUCAACUUGUGAAUUUAAUGAAAAGUUUGGAGAUUUUUUCUCCAUGAUUGCGAGCCAAUGGUCAUCAAAACACUGGCGAGGUGAGACGGAGAAACCGGGAGAGACCGAAAUAUGUAAACAAAGGGAAUAUAAUAAAGCUGAUUUGGUGUAAGGAUGAGUGACUGCAAACUAAAACGCGAACGCUGUUGUGUUGGUUAGAAGUGUAGCCCAAUAUUUACACCAUUAAUUUAUUUAGUUUUCCAAGGAUCUGAAUUGAAUUUAUGUAUUAUUGCUGCACUCUGGACUGUAUUAUUCCUUCAAGAAUUAUUGUGAUUAUUUUACUCGUAAGAUUGGUGAUCAAUAUCGAUUGAUAACCCAUGAACAUCAAGAGACCUGAAGUGAAACGAGCUAGGCUGUACAACCAUCCAGCCUUUGAUUCGCCAGAGAAUGAGAGUGAGCUAUCGUGGUCAAAAAGUUUGACUAAAAGUCACAAAGGGAAGACCAAGCUGUUCAAGAAUGCCGAAAAUAUUUCAGGAAAAAAUAGAAGAGAGAACGCGGGGAGGAAAGCACUGAGGGAUGUGAAUGAGUUGGGAAUGGCUGGUCCCAGGAAGACAAUCAAUCGUCCACCCACAUCAGUAAAAAGCCCUAAUAUUUGCGGGACUUCCAAAUUAAAAUGCACAAAAAGCCUCAAUCCUUGCGCAAAGUCCCGAAAACCUCCCCUAGCGAAGCCUAAACUCGGCGUAAAAGUGCAGGGCGUAUCACCUUCAAUUUGGUACGGCAUCCUAUCUCAAAUAACACGAAUACCUGCAGACACUCAAUCGGAGCCACUAGAUGAAAUCGAAAUCAUUAGAGAUGAUAAUGACGAUUGCAUCGAGAUAUUGUAUGAAUCGCAAUCUUUGGACAUUCUGAGCCCUUGUAUUUCGCCUGAGAUCGCUAAUAAUGAGCGGCAAAUGGCAAAGUUGGAGCAGGGGUUGAGGAUUGUUCCUGCUCGCCCUCGACGGGGCGAAAGUUGGGUUGAUAAACUGAAGAUCAGGGACAUAAAAAAUUAUCACGAAAAAAACUUCAGUUUACGAGGUUUCGUAGAGAGGAGCAAUGAUCCUGAGAGCUAUUUUUUCAAUCCCCGUCGACGUUGUUCUCCCAAUUCUACAGCAAUUAACUUCCUCAUCAACGUUUUUCCCAACAUCAGGGAAAACGUAAUUGAGAGGAUGUAUAUGAAUGCCAACUAUAAUAUGAGUUUAACAGCUUAUGGAUUGAAUAAAAUGAAGCCUUCCCUCGAGAUGCCUCGGGAUUAUUGUGAAGUUGAAGCUGAAAAUAUCAGUCAACUUCAAGAGAUGCAAUUUGUCUCUAAUUUGUACGAUUCAUCACGACCAAUACUGUGAGAAUAUAAUUAUCUAGGUUUGAUGGGCGUAUUGAAAAUGUUGUGAAAAUCUAUAGCUGGAGAAAAACCUAAACAAAGGAGUACUUUUUGAAAUUUUGUCAACGGCAGAAUAGCUUGAUUUGCAUUUCGCAUUGUAAAGCUCAUUGAUUGAAUUUAGUAGUGUCCAAUAAAUGUGAUGUAUUAAAUUAAGUUACACUCCUCUUGUCUAUAACUAUUAAUUUUGGAAAUUUGAAAACAUUUAAACAAUCAGAUGAUUGUCAUACCCUGAUUGCUGACCAAUACCUCAAAUUAAUUCUCUACUUUCGUGAUGGAUUAUUAUUGUUAACCAUAUGUCGGGAUUUAUAUCAAUUUAAUAUUGAAAAUAUCAAAUAAACUAAUUUUGAGAUUAUUGUCAAGGCUGAUGGGAUUGGUAUUAUUU